GCCCAUGAUAUGAUUGUGGGACUCCGAGGCAUGUUUGAGAACCAAGCUCGGGCCGAGAGGUACAACACCUCAAAGUCCUUGUUUGCGUGCAGGUUAACAGAAGGCAGUCCAGUCAGUCCUCAUGUGAUCAAAAUGAUUGGUUACAUUGAAAGCCUGGAAAAACUUGGUUUUCCCCUUAGCCCUGAGUUGGCUACGGAUGUAAUUCUCCAGUCGCUCCCUGCGAGCUUCGAGCCGUUCAUUUUGAACUUUCAUAUGAACAGCAUGGAGAAAAGCAUGGCUGAAUUGCAUGGGAUGCUAAAAACUGCUGAGGAAAGCAUUAAGAAGAGCUCUAGUCAUGUGAUGAUGGUUCAAAAGGAUAGCAAGAAGAGAAAGCGCAAGGACAAGGCUAAAACUUCGGAUGAGAUCUCGAGUUCUAAGCCUAAACCUGUUGGAAAGCCCAAGGCUGGCCCUGCCGCUUCUGACACUUGCCACCACUGCCAUAAGACUGGUCAUUGGCGGAGGAACUGCAAAUUGUACUUGGAAGAACUCAAAAAGAAGAAGGGAAGUAAGACUUCAUCUUCAGGGACUGAAAAGGACUAGGAAGUGUGCAAGAGGCGAACUGGAUGCUCGCGUCGGCAAUGGUGCAAAAGUUGCUACGUUGGCCGUUGGCGUUUACUCCUUAUCGCUACCCUCAGGAUUAGUUUUGGAAUUAAAUAAUUGUUAUUAUAUUCCUGCCUUGGGCAAAAACAUUAUCUCUUCUUCAUG